AAGCCUACUACGGUCGUAAACAGAAAGACAUAAGUAUCGGAUAUUUUCCUUGUAAUGUUCAAUAAUGAAUCCAAGGAAUCGUCAGUUGGCAUUCGAUCUCUGAAUACCUAUACGGGAGUGACAGCUAAUUCUGUGAAACAGUGCUUCAUAUCCGUUAACUCAGAUGUUUCUCAGAGUGUAAUUAGAUGCUAUAAAUUUUCAUAAAUAAAUUGGAUUUUAUCGAAGUUGCAGAAUUAAUGAAAAUUUAUCAUUACAAGAAAAAUCGAUUUCUAAAAGGUAGAAAAGAAAUAUUAUUUAUAAAAAAUUAAAAAAAAUACAUUAAUUGUUACAAACAGUAAAUAUCAAAGUAUUGUAUUUUCGAGUGAAAAAAGAAAAAGAAAAAAUACACUUUUGUGAAACAAUUGUUUGAGGAGUCCUAUGAAUGGAAUUUAAAACGCCACACUACUUAAUGUCAAACACAUAUGCUUAAAUAUCGAGACAUUUAAAAUAACGUUGCUGACUUUAAGUGCACUACAAAGAAUACAGCAUCAUUGAAUUCCUGAAAUUAUAGUAACGUGUUAGUACUACAUGACGGUGUUAAAAAUCAUGAUAUUUAAACUAUGGUAAGACUUCAAUAUUUAGCUGUCGAGAAAUGAGGCGGAAAUGUUUAUACAAAGCGUCGAUUUGUUUUUCUUCUAAUAGUGAGAUUAGGAGCAAACGAAGAACGUGACAAUUCCAUGUAAAAUGAACGGGAAAAUAUUACUUCUAAUUGACAUUUUGACUUUGAAUGGAUAUAGCGGAAAGGACAAGCUAAAGAAAUAAUUAAGAUAAAUGGGAAUAAAGUAUCAGCUUGCGUGGGAGUAGAAGGUGAAAGUCAUACAAAUAUUGACACAAUAUAAAUAAAUAUUAUUGUAUCGAAUAACAAAAGUACAUUAAAAAUGAAAUGAGUCAAUUUUGAUUAAAAAACAACACAUUUCAAUAGCAUACAAAGAUACAAAACAUUAAACGAAUGCAUAUGGGGGAAUAAUAAAUGAGAAAUCUUUUACAAGGAUAUUAUACAAAGUGGAUAUAUAUUGUGAGGAAAGUAAAGCGCAAUCUCAAAAAUGUUGAUAUUUAUUUAACAAUUUUGAAAAUAUUGACAUGACAAUAUCUUUUUCAAAUAAAUUGACAUGACGUAUUUCACAAAUUGUACCUCGUCAAGUACUUUCAUUCAAAACAACCAAAGCUAUGACCGUCUGGUGAUUGAUUCUACGGAGCGGCUUAGUGUCAAUAAGCAAGUAGCAGAGGUUGUUGAUAUUCAAGCGACAGGAGAUGACCCGGAAGUUGGUAAUGUUAUGAUUGGUGCAUUCCUUUUCUUGUUAGUUCUACUUACCAUUGCUGGUAACGUAAUAGUGUUUUUGGCUGUGAUAUUUACUAAGAAACUGCGAACUGUGUCCAAUUUGUUCAUCAUAUCAUUGAGUUUAGCUGAUCUUCUUGUUGGUACAGUUGUGAUGAUUCCCGAUGUUCUCAGUGUAAUUUUUCAGCGAUGGAUACUUGCUUAUUCAUUUUGUGUAUUUUGGGCGGGAUUUGAUGUGAUGUUGUGUAGUGCUUCUAUAUUAAAUGUAUGUCUAAUCAGCUUAGACAGGUAUAUUGCUAUUAUGUCUCCAUUAAGAUACAAAGUUUUGAUUACAUACAGACGGGCAGCAGCGUUGUUAGCCGCUGCAUGGGGGAUUGCCAUAUCUGCGUCUUUCAUUCCACUUCUUUCCGGAAUUCAUAACCCAGAACUUCCGACCCUGACUAAUCUAACGUUACUAUCAGACACGCCACAAUGUCUUUUCAUUCCAAGUUUAAUAUACGUUGUAAUUGCGUCUACAGUGACUAUUUUAUUGCCAAUUAUCGUCGCUUUAGUGUUGUAUUACAGAGUUUCUAAGGAAGCAAAAAGACAGGCGUGCUUUGUCGGUGUGUUAAUUACCCCGACGAACAUGCUACUUGGCGCGAAAGUAGCAAAUAAACAUAUCCGGGAACCUUUUACCAGAAAAGCAACCGUCACAUUAGGAAUAAUUGUCGGGGCGUAUGUUGUCACGUGGGCUCCAUUUUUAGUCGUUAACAUUACGGAUGCUAUAUGUAUGUGUGUUCCGCCAAAACUGUUUAGGGCGUUUGUAUGGCUUGGAUGGUGCAAUAGCCUUAUAAACCCUAUUAUUUAUCCGUUCUUCAUGAGAGACUUUCGAAAAGUAUAUUCAGAUGCUUUUUUAAAAAUAUGCCCUUGUCUAAAAAUGGUGUGUAAAUAUAAAAAGGAUAAAGUAUUUCAUAGAGAUUCUAUCGAAGUGACGUCAACGAAAAUACACUAUGACAACUCAGAAGAUGCACUAUAGGAAUACGAAUGACCUAAUGAUUCUAAAUAAAGGUGAUGCCAUGUGUAUAUACUUUCACAUUCUAUUUAUGUUUUAAUUUAUUUCGUAUGUUACGUUUAUGUUUCAUUGUUUGAAUAUGAUUAAAUAUUAAUUGAAAGUACUUAUUGUUAUAUAAAUUUUUUAAACAUGUAAGGAUACGUUCAUUUUAAUGUGUAUAUUUUGAUGAAAUCAUUAAGAUGUAAAGCAGUUUUAUUAGUGCUCAUAGGCAUAUUUCCUAUGAUAUGAACUGUUUAGUCAUAAAUCAUUAAUAGAUCAAAGAUUAAGUCUAAUAUAAAAAUAUGUUUAGAUAUAAAAUAUGACAACUCAUUUGGGAAAUACGUUUAACCAUUACAAAUAUUACAAAAUUAAUAAGCUUUAAAAUCUAAAUGUAAUUUUAAAAACAUACAGGAUCGAUAAGUGAAAUGUGUUGUUAAUUCAUUAAUUCAUCAAAACAUAAGUGUGUAAUGGCCCGAUAAAUUUUGUGAUACAAAUUAAAUGGGAAUAUCAGCAAUGUCAAAAAAACUUACUAAGACACCAUUCAAUAAUAAGAAGAAUUAAAAAGAUCGUUUAGCUAGUGAUAAAGACAGGUUUGAAACCAAUAAUCUUAGACAGAUUGAAAGUAUGAUAAAAGAUAAUUUGAUUGCUUUAGUCCCUGUGGGAUAUUAAUCAAUACUAAUUUCUAUUAAAAGCAAUUGGUAUCUGAUAUUCUUACACGUACAACAUAAAACCUUUAGAACUUAACUGAUAUUUUAAUAUUUGCAGUACGGAGGAACGUGCUUGUCAUAUUUUUAUCAACACCUUUCAAUUCACAUAACAAAUUUGUUUUUACAUGACGUGUUUUUACAACACGUGCUAGAAGCUUGCAUAUUACACAACUUAUAGUUGUUAUAAUUCAUUCAAAAGUAAAGUAAAUACCUGUAUGCUCGCACGGAGAAUAUAUCAAAUAAACUGAUCAUUUAUUCAUCACAAGUUUUAAUUGAAACAAUAUGUAGAUUUAACAGCAUUUACAAAUUCUUAGAUCUGUAUGAAGAUAUAAUGAUUUGUUUCAUGAUCAGUUAUAAAAUACUGUGUUUUAUUAGUGUAAUAUAAACUAAAUAACAUAUUUAUUGUCUUUUUUUCAUCUGUGUAGAAAAUAAGAGAAAAAGUAAUUGCUUGAUUGUUGGAAAUGAAAUAAGGAAAGUUUUAUAUCUGAAAUGGCUCUGUUUGCUCAAGCGAAUAAUUCAAGUUUCUAUUUUUAGCAACUUUGCUUUUAACACGCAAAAACACGUACGCGCAUGCACGCAAACACGCGUAUACGCAAACGCGCACACGCACACACACACACACACACACACACACACAUAGAGAAAAUUGUGUUUAUUUACAAGAUCAAACAUGGCCAUUUCAAAUAAAAAAACUUCCCUUAGUACAUUUCGAACUUUCUACAGUUGAUGAAAAUACAUCGAUAUUAUAAUCUUGAUUCGCCCAGAAAAUAUGUGAAUCGUCGAUGAACGAAAAAAGUGUAUGCUUGCUAUUCCUUAUUGUUACAUAACAUGAGUUUGACAUUAUCCUUUGUGAAAAGUUUCAUCUUUUUAUUUCUUAUGUUGUUCUAUAUUUAUGUCAUGACCUUUAAGAUAUCAAUUUGUCUAAAGGUUGAGUAUAAAUAAAAUAACACAAUUUACAAGUUUGAUAUUCAAAUUAUCAGCCAUUGUCUGUCUGAAUUACGACAUCAAUAAUUCAUUGAAAAUGUACUUUCCAGAUUUCUGAAAUUCGUGAAAUCUUAUUGUCAGAAGAAGAACAAUAAUCAUACGGAAAAUUGAUAUAUCCCGCCCAGUGCCGUUAAGUAAAUUGGAAGGUGUACGUCACGCUCAACCUUUACCAAAAUAGAUAUAUAAUUUACAUGGAAGCAGAGUUAAACUGUAGUUCGUAGGGAAGUUGUGUCCGUCCGAUGAUCAAUUGUUUUGACAUUUUAUGCCUUCAUUAUUCUUUAUUUGUCUUUGUGUUAUCAGUUUUGAUAGAAGCAAUUUUAUAAUAACUUAGAAAACUAUAAACAUACAUGAUUGUUGACAAAAUAUACAGUAAAGGUAUAAGGUGUUACUUAUUAAAAUCUUUAUUAUAAAGUUAAACUUGAACUGUUUUACAUUUUUUCUUAUAAAUCCAAACAUUCCAGUUCUUUUACUACGAAGGAGCGGGAUUUAAAAGCGGUGAUGAAUGAAAUAAUAUUACAAGUUAUUUGGACAUUAAGACUCCAAUGACAAUAAUUAACAAAUAACAUCACUGCACCUAUUGUAUUUUAUGCAUACAUUUCAUAACCCGAUACACAUAAAUUAUCGAUUCAAAAAGAAUCAUAUGUCGAAUAUAUGAAAUGCCAAUCACGUUUUCAGUCUUACGCUAUUAUUUUCUCUACCUUAGUUUCAAUC